AUGACCAAGAAGAAGCGUCAGCACCCUGACAUCGAGGAGGUUCUCUCGCGUCCAUGGUGCUACUACUGCGAGCGAGACUUUGAUGAUCUCAAAAUCCUCAUCAAUCAUCAGAAAGCGAAGCAUUUCAAAUGCGAAAGAUGUGGUCGUCGCUUAAACACCGCGGGAGGCUUGAGUGUUCACAUGAGUCAGGUCCAUAAAGAAAACCUGACAGCUGUCGAUAACGCUCUGCCUAAUCGUGCUGGUCUAGAUAUUGAAAUCUUCGGCAUGGAAGGCAUUCCUGAAGACAUUGUCCAACAACACUCUCAGCGCGUUUUGACCACCUACCACCAAGCCCAAGCUGAGCGGCAAGCUGCCACAGGCAACACUCAGACCGCAGGUGCCGCUGCCAAUGGAAACAAGAAACCAAAAGUCGAGCAAAUCUCGGAUUUGAAAAAGCGACUCGCCGAACAUAAAGCUGCUAAGCUGGCUGCUGAGCAGGGUAGUGCAGGGAACAGUGGCAAUUCCACUCCAGUACCUCCAACACCAAGCCAGACCCAGACCCAGGCUCAUGCUCAAACCAAUACCGCUACCUCUCCCUCAUACCCAGGCUUUCAGCAACCGUACGCCGCGCCUCCAUCAAACGGUUCGUACAGCCAACCUCCUUCGUUUGCCCAGACACCGACUGUUGGUGUACCUUUCCAAGCACCCGCACCUUACCCACAUGCUGCCAGUCCACCCAUUCCAGGUGCAUAUGGUCAACCUCCAUUUACCCCUCCCGGACAACCAGGAUACAGUCCAGCACCACCAACUGCCUAUCCACAGCCAUACGCUCAACCCCCUCCGGGCUCGUUUCAACAGCAGCAUCCCAACCCAGCCUACCCUCCCCCAUAUCAGCAUCCUUUCCCUGGGCCAGGGCAGGCUUAUCUACCCCCGAACGGUCUUCCGCAACCACCCUUUGCGUCCGCAGCCUCCCCAGUUGCUUUCUCACAGCAAUCGCAAGUUCAACACCAUGUGCCACAGCGUACACAUUCUCCCGCUACUAAUGGGAAUUUUCCAGCCCCUGUACGUACAGGCAGUGUAAGUCUCCCAAAUGCUCCAGGAUUGCCACAAAGACCCGCAUUCGGUGCACCAGCAGUGAAUGCCUUCCAGUUUCAACAAAUGCAUCAAGGUCAGAUCCCUGCUCCUACAAGUCAUAAUUCUGUGCCACAGUAUCGCCCACAAGACGCCAAUGCCAAUGCUGUUGCACAAGUUGCUCCACAAGGCCAGCCCCAGAAUCCAUCAAUUGAUGAAGCUAAUGCAUCUUCAAUUGACGAUUUAAUUUCAUCCGCAUCUAAGCAGGCAGAUGUAACUACAGCCACUAAAUCCGCCCCGCCAGUUCAAUCUGCUACACCGUUACCAACCAAGGAUGAGACGACUGAGGAAAAAGGUGUAAAGAAGGAGAAGCCAAAAUCAACCAGGUUGGUCUAUUCUGACAAUGAGAUAAGCCCCGAAGAGAAGAUGGCAUUGCUACCAAAGUAUGCGUUCACGCCUGGACAGAGGACAAUUGCGGUCUAG